UAAUCAGUGCAACCUUCUUCGGAAUAUUUGACGUCUAAUUUGGAAGUGGUGAUUUGAAUAUCAACCACUCUAUAUUGUGUUCGAGUGGAACCCUAGAACCUCCAAAAUUUUGACAACAACGGAAAUGGGAAGAAAAAAGAUCCAAAUUUCCAGGAUCGGCGAUGAAAGGAAUCGGCAGGUAACGUUUACAAAGCGAAAGUUUGGGCUGAUGAAGAAAGCCUAUGAACUGAGUGUUCUAUGCGACUGUGAAAUAGCACUGAUUAUUUUCAACAGUGCUAACAAGUUAUUCCAGUAUGCCAGUACCGAUAUGGAUAAAGUACUGCUCAAAUACACAGAGUAUAAUGAGCCACAUGAAAGUAGGACUAACAAGGAUAUCAUUGAGUGCACAGCUCGACGGACUUUCAGCAGUAUCGAUUGGCCUCAGGCUUUGAACAAAAAGGAACAUAAGGGCUGUGAGAGUCCAGAACCAGACCAUGAACAAUACAUGCUGGGACCGCGCUCAGAGGAGAAAUAUGGCCGCAUCAACGAGGAAUACGCAAGAGUCAUGCAACAGAACUCCAUACGGGCAAGUAUGCAGCAGUAUCCAAAUGUGUCGAUGCCAGUCAGUGUACCUCUACAUAACCCUGGCUACAUGGUCCAGUCUCCGAUCACUUCCUCGCUGGCUCAAAAUUCAUCUAUUAGUAGCACAACAGGUCUGCUUCAACCACAUGGGGUUGGACCCAGUGUCAGUCCAAGACCAAAUUCCACAGGUGGAAUGGUCGAUCUCAGUACCUCUGCUGCUAAUAGCUAUCAGCAGAGAUCUUCGCCCAGCACAUCUCCUGGGGUCUUGUCGAACAAAGUUAUGACCAAACAGUCUCCGAAUUCACAGCAGAGACAGACCCAUAACUUGCGAGUCAUGAUACCAAACUGCAGAGGAGAUAUGAUGAAUUCAGAGUCACAACCAAGGAACACCAAUGUGCUUGGUACCUCGAUAGGAUCAAUGACAAAUCCUGGAAUGCCAGGUUCCAGUUAUCCGUCCGCGCUUCCAAACUCUUUUCAGCCAAACAAUCACAACCAGAUGUAUGUUGACCGCACACAAGGAUCUCCAGAUUACGACUUUGCUCUCAAUACUGAUCUAAGCGGUAUGACCAAUUAUAACCACUGGGGAAGCCAAGGUCCGCAGCCUCCGCCUGGAUCUUUACAAAGCAAUAUGCAUAUAAAUACAGGUUCAGGUUCGAUGACAAACAACAACUCUGCUUUGGCACUAAACAUACUCAACCCAGGUUUAACCAUGCAUAUCAAGAGCGAACCAAUAUCACCUCCACGUGAAAGCAACACCCCAUCAAGCCAACAACUUCGACCUACUUCAGUGAACAACCAAGGUCACAUAUCGCCAGGCCACAUAUCACAUAGCAAUAGUUCGUCACCGAGCAGCACCCAGGAAUAUGAGCAAGGACCCACUGGUUCAAAACGAUCUCGAAUAGAUGGCUGGGCAACAUAGCCUGCUCUCGAGGGUUCCUGUUAUGCUUGCUGGUUCGUUUGUGUUUUCUAAAAGGAGUACGUACACCUGCCUGCUCGCCUGCCUGCCUACCUGCCUGCCUACCAGAGUAGGAUGCGGUGGGGUGGGGCAGGGGGUCACUGAACUGCCACGGUUACUGAUGGUGCCUUUUUUUUGGGAGGGAAAAGUGUAAAGAGUCGGGUAACUGCUGCUGUUUUUUUUUUUUGGUGUCCCAUGUAUUAAAAAAAAAAAGCAAAAUUAACAAGAAAAAUAGUUUAAAAGAAAAAACUAAACAAAAAAAAUAAA